AUGGCACAAGUUGAAGAACUGGAUCAAGAUGUCAAGCAAGUAACGGGUAGAAAGCCGAGGCUCAGAGACAAGGAUCUACUGCAACAAGCUCGUGAUAAAAAUGGAGAAGCACAUGAUGACGAGCAAGACAUAGAGAAAGAUCAAGGUAAUUGUAGGUCUUACCUCUUUGCCAUAUCCAUAUCUCCAAUCAGAUCCGGCUGGGGUACUGUCGUUUGGUCAGCCAACCGUGGCUAUCCGGUCCGGGAAAAUGCGAUAUUGAAUUUCACUUCAGCUGCGGACUUGGUGCUAAAGGAUGGAGAUGGAAGCGUAGUUUGGACCACCAACACUGCAGGAAAAUCUGUUGUUGGCAUGAACCUAACUGAUACUGGAAAUCUGGUAUUAUUUGAUGACCAGAACUCCAUAGUUUGGCAAGCUUUUGAUCGUCCAACAGACUGUUUGUUACCUGGCCAAAAGCUGUUUACAGAUCAAAAACUGAAAUCUAGUGUUUCGGAUACCAAUUCGUCGGAAGGUAUGUAUUCUCUUCAAGUAACGGAUACAGGUUUGUUUGGUUAUGUAGAAUCAGACCCGCCUCAAUCCUAUUACAGAAGGUUGGUCCAUCGAAACGAUACAAAUAAAGGAAAAAGAUACAUAACUUUCUUGAAUGGAAGUUUAUCAUUCUUCAUACAUUCUUCCGAGCCAAGUCAUCCUGAUGUUGUCAUUGACAUACCUAAAUCAUCAUCAGCUCAGUAUAUCAAACUGAUGCCAAAUGGGCAUUUGAAAGUGUUUGAAUGGCAAUAUAAUUAUGAAGAGUGGGCAGAGGUAAUAGAUCACUGAACGUUGGUUAAUGGACCUUGUAGUUAUCCUUUGAUUUGUGGAAGAAAUUCAAUUUGCUCAAUUAAUCAACAGUGUAGUUGUCCCAGCAUAGAAUAUUUUAGACGGGUGAUUGAUCGCCAACCUAACCUGGGUUGCUCUGAAAUUACUCCUCUCACAUGUAAUUCUACACAAGAUCAAGAUUUUAUAACACUCAAUAAAGUCAAGUACUUUACCACUGCUGCUGACAUGGAGAGGGUGAAUAUGAAGACUUGCAAACAAGCUUGUCUGAACAAUUGCUCAUGCAAAGCAGCCUUUUUUCAGUAUUAUUCAAAUGUUUCAAGAGGAAAAUGUUUUUUACUUUCAGAGGUAUUUACAAUGAAGACUUUUGGAGAUACUGGUAUUAAUGUUUUAGCUUUCAUAAAAAUCCAAAAGGUUACAUCACAUCGUGUGUCUCGUCAAGUUGCAAGAGUUUUAGGCUCUACAAUUGGAAGUUUUGUGCUUCUGGUUGUUGUGGGCAUAGGGUUUAUUACAUACAUAGUCCACAAGCGAAAAGGGGAUGUUGAAAUGGAGGAAGAGUAUUUAGAUCAAGUGCCAGGUAUGCCAACUCGGUUUUCUUUUGAUGAGUUAAGAAUCGCCACCGAGAACUUUAGUAAAAAGCUUGGUGAAGGAGGAUUUGGAUCGGUUUUCGAAGGAAGUCUGAAAGAUGGCUCGAAGAUUGCAGUAAAAUGCCUUGAAGGUCUUUCACAGAUUAAGACAUCAUUCCUAGCUGAGGUUCAAUCCGUUGGCAGCAUUCACCAUGUGAAUCUGGUUAGACUUCGAGGAUUCUGUACAUUGAAAUCACAACGGUUUCUAGUGUAUGACUUCAUGAUUAAUGGGUCAUUAGAUCGGUGGAUCUACCAUGGAGUACGGGAGCACAUACUCGAAUGGGAAUGCAGAAAGAAAAUAAUUCUUGAUGUAGCCAAAGGUUUAACAUAUCUCCAUGAAGAUUGUAGACAAAAGAUUGUGCAUCUUGAUAUUAAACCUCAAAACAUCCUUCUAGACAAUGAUUUCAAUGCCAAAGUAUCAGAUUUUGGGUUAUCCAAGCUCAUUGACAAAAGUCAAACUGAAGUGAUGACUACCAUAAAAGGAACACCUGGCUAUAUCGCUCCAGAAUGGCGGAGCUCAAUCAUCACCGAAAAGCUGGAUGUAUACAGCUUUGGGAUCGUUCUUCUGGAGAUCGUGUGUGGUAGGAAAGUUUUUGAUAGAUCUCAGCCAGAAGAAAGCUGGCACUUGCUCUUUGUCUUCCAGAAAGAAGGCUGGGAGCAAGGAACAUUGUUAGAUAUGGUUGACAAACACAGUGAAGAAAUGUAUGUACACAAUACAGAAGUGGUGGAGAUGAUGAAACUGGCUGCAUGGUGUUUACAAACAAACUUUAAGAAAAGGCCUUCAAUGUCGUCGGUUGUUAAGGUGUUGGAAGGAGGAAUGAAUCUUGAAUCGAACCUGAAUUACAACUUCACAGAUUUCAGAAUUGAGGAACCAGAAGUUGGAGACGAGAAAGAUUUCACACAAUUGUCGUCAUCUCUUCUCUCAGGGCCAAGAUAAGUAGCCAUGAGGUUCUUGUGGAUCAUAUCAAUGCAGUUUUAUUCUGUUCCAAUAUCAACUGAAAUGUUGGCUAUAAAUAAUUUUUUAUACAGACAUGUGUAUAGGUUACCCGAAUUUUAUAAUGUUUCUUAUGUACUCUUAUGGUUCCAUAUUGACGUUGAAAGUGGUUGUUGUUGGUUUGGAGUGCUACCUUUUGGUCUAUUGUUUAUUGUUGGA